AUGUUCAUCACUAAUGCCGGCAAGCCUCCAGUUACGGAUCGAGAGAUGAGGGCUGCCAGCAUACAGUCCGCUGUUCGAUUUGCCAAGAGGUGGAAUUUAUCUGGCCUUGUCUUUGCAUCUGAGGCGCUGGUAAUGUGCCCCAGGCUUGUCAGAUAUGUUCAACGAUCAGGAUUGAUCUGUGGAUCCUAUGGAUCUCAGAACAAUAUACCAGAAAAUGCGAAGACCCAAGCCGCUGCUGGAAUUGACAUUAUUAUGGCCGAUAGGGUUGGGCUUAUUGCUAUGUCCCUGAAAGGAUAUCAAAAGCAGGCAAAAAGCCAGGCAUAA